CCACCCGCCCCGCACGCCCAGAGGGGCGCGGCGCGCGAGAAAAGCAACCUCCAGCGACGCCGCGCGCUGCCAUGUCGGUGCUUCGCGGCCUCGGCGUCCUGCGGCCGCUGUCUCUUCAUCUUGUGACAAAUAGAUUUUGGAAAAAGUUGCCUAUGGUGACCCUGAACUUGCGCCCAUAUGAGACUCAGCAGGAAGAGAAGUCCAAAGCCAUCAGCCGUUAUCCCAUUCCCUACAAGAAGGACCUGCCUUUUGACAUUGUAGAGCUCAUGGAGGAGAUAGAAAAGAAGACAGGAUUUUUACCAAAUGUAUUUAAAGUAUUAUCUUACAGACCUUUGGAAUUUAGAGCCUUCUUUGCUUAUUACAAUGCUAUCUGCAACAAAGAAACAGGCCAACUCAGCAGAGCUGAUAAGGAACUCAUCAUUGUGGUAACCAGCCUGGCUGACAGGUGCCCAUACAAUGUGGUUGUCCAUAGUGCCCGCUAUAGGGUCUAUUCAAAGGACCCAGUGCUCUCGGACCAGGUUUGUGUGAAUUGGAGAAAAUCUGACCUUCCUGCUCGGGAAAAGGCAAUGCUGGAAUUUGCACUUGCUGUUUCUAGAGCUGAUGACAUAACAGAUGACCAUUUCAAAAAGCUUGAGGUACAUGGCUUCAAUCAAGAAGAUGCCUGGGAUAUAGCUACCAUUUCAGCUUUUUAUGCUAUGUGCAACCGCCUCGCUCAGUUUGUCAAUCUCAUUCCCAACAAAGAAUUCUAUAUGAUGGGCAGAACCAGUGAUGUUAAAGAUGUCAAGAGUGAACUCACUGCUCCCAAAAUAUAAAAGCCUGACAGAAAAGGCCAGUGCUUUAUCAUUUCAGUCGUGUUGUAUUACAGAACAUCAGUUGGGAUAUAAUUUUUUAAAAAACAAUUGGUCAGUGGAUAGAAAAGAAAGUAAAUAAAUUUGAUCCCUGUAUGCUUGAUGAGAUAGAUCCUAAGUGUUAUGAGUAUCUAGUGACAUGUGAUACUUGGGCCUGGGGGAUACAUUCCAGGAAUCCUUUGGCAAUUUACUUUUUUCAUGAUCUAAAAGCACUUUCAGGGGCAAAGAAGUCCGGGGGAUGCUUUAAGUAUUUUUUAUGAACUGGUACAUGCAUACCUAACUGAAUUUUAGCAAUUGAAGUUGAAAUUUUUUUAGCUUUCAAGAAUAGUGGGCUCGGCGCCAGUACCUCCGUGGGUAGGGCACCGGCCACAUACACUGAGGCUGGGGGUUCAAACCUGGCCUGGGCUAGCUAAAACAACAAUGAUAACUGCAACAACAACAACAAAAAAAAAUAGCUGGGUGUUGUGGCAGGUGCCUAUAGUCCCAGGUACUUGGGAGGCUGAGGCAAGAGAAUCACUUAAACCCAAGAGUUUGAGGUUGCUGUAAGCAGGGACCCCAUGGCACUCUACCCAGGGCGACAGCUUGAGACUCUGUUUAAAAAAAAAAAAAUAUUUCCAAGUAGGUCACAACAAAUAAAAAAUAUAAGUAACAUUGGUAUAUAUAGGUUUGGCACCCAUAGGGAAGUGGGUACAGCACCAGCCACAUACACCGAGGCCGGUGGGUUUGAACCCAGCCCGGGCCAGCUAAACAAUGACAACUGCAAUGAAAAAUAGCUGGGCUUUGCGGUGGGCGACUGUAGUCCCAGCUACUUGGGAGUAUGAGGCAAGAGAAUCACUUAAGCCCAAGAGUUGGAGGUUGCUGUGAGCUGUGAUCUCACAGCACUCUACUGAGGGCGACAUAGUAAGACUCUGUCUCAAAAAAAAAAAAAAAUUGGUAAAUAUAACAUGGUCAAGAUUUUGCAGACUGUAAAAUUUUAGCAAAAUUUUUGGGGCUGGGUCCUGUGGCUCACACCUGUAAUCCUAGCAUUCUGGGAGGCUGAGGUGGAUGGAUGGCUUGAGUUCGAGACCAGCCUGAACAAAAGGGAGACCCCCCAUCUCUACUAAAAAUGAAAAACUGAGGCAAACUGAGGCAAGAGGAUCACUUGAGCCCAAGAGUUUGAGGUUGCUGUGAGCUAUGAUGCCAUAGCUCUCGACCAAGGGUGAUGCGAAUUAAUAAAACAAACAUUUUAACCAUUGGCUGUAACUUUGGAGUGGGAAGUGUGUUGGGAGGAGGAGAAGAAGCAGAGGCUCUGUAAGUAUCUUUUGGGCAACCAGAAGUUGUGGGUCCUUAAGGAAAGUUACUUGUUAAUUGUUAAACAGACCUCUACUCCUUUUGCUCUGUAGGAACAACUUGGGGAUAUCUCUGGAAGAAUGACUAUGUUGAUCUUUUAACUCAGGAUGCCGGCUUCUUGCCUUUUUCUCAGUCAGCUCAUGGACAGGAAGAGCUGAAUAACUACUAGCCUUCCUGUUGGGAGGACUUGCUGAAUGUUCAGCUCUGAAAUUUAUUCCCUUCUCCAUUGCUCUUUCAGAUCUUUCCUCACAGAUCUUCCUCCAGAGAUAUUCCAGAUUUAUCCUCACAGUCACUAGAUGUGAGCUUUCUACAAAACAGCUCUUCUAUUUAUUUAUUUGUCUUUUGAGACAGUCUCACUUUGUUGCCCUGAGUAGAGUGCCAUGGUAUCAUGACUCGCAGCAACCUCAAACUCUUAGGCUCAAAGCCAGCUGUUCUCAACCUGUAGGUUGCAACCCCUUUGGACUGUAUUAAAGAUUCCCAGCAUUAGGAAGGUUGAGAACCACUGCUCAAAGCGAUUCUCUCACCUCAACCUCCCUGGUAGCUGGGACCUCAGGCGCCCGCCACAACACCUGGCUAUUUUGCUUGCUCAGGCUGGUCUCCAACUCCUGAGUUCAGGCAAUCCAGCAGCCUCAGCCUCCCAGAGUGCUAGGAUUACAGGUGUGAGCCACUGAGGCAGGCCUUUACAACACAGCUCUUGAUCAAGGCCAAGGAGUUGUCAGUUCUUAGUUCUACAUCUCCUUGUACCUCAGGCUGUCCUUUAUUAGGGACUUGGCUCUCCUCCCCCAAGAAACCCAGUACCUGUUAAUCCUUUUCUGCGAAAGAGUACUCAUCCUUAAAAGUGAACGAUUACUAAUCCUUAAAGGCCUUACCUCUGGGCUCAGUGCCUGUGCUCAGUGGUUAGGGUGCUGGCCACUUACACUGGAGCAGGCAGGGGUCUAACCCGGCCCUGGCCUUCUAAACAAGACAACUACAACCUAAAAAUAGCUGGACGUUGUGGCGGGCGCCUGUGGUCCCAGCUACUUGGGAGGCUGAGGCAAGAGAAUUGCUUAAGCCCAGGAGCUAGAGGUUGUUGUGAGCAGUGACGCCACAGCACUCUACCAAGGGUG